CCUGUCUUACAUCCCGUUCGCGUCGUCGACAAUUAGCCAGAUAGGUUGCGGUCGUGCAAUUUACACGGCCAGACCCGAGCAAUCGACAUCCAGCGGCGCAGACGUGGCUGAGAGUACAAUGGCCGUCGGAUUCGGGGAUCGCGUGGAGGCCCUCGUGUGCAAUUACGGCCCUCUCGAUCGGAACACGCCUAGAGAGCUGUACGAGGACGGUGUGCCGGCUCUUUGUCCACAGGGGACGAUCCGCAGCUCGCGAUAUCCAGCCCUCUGUCAAAAGUUUCAGGAGUGGCAGUCGCAAAAGGCGCAGCGUAAAAUUCAACAGAAGCAAGGUAAAAGGAGAGAUCGAACGAUGAGCAGCGGCGCAUUCCUAAUUAUACCGGCAGUUUAUCUUGUUCAGACGGUAUUAUUAUUGCUGACACGCCUGUCGACGUGA